AUGACAUCCUCAAACGCGUACGACGUGCUCAUCGUCGGUGCCGGCAUAGCUGGCUGUUCUCUCGCCCAUGGACUAUCCACCAUCCCUCGCUCAAAACCCCUCCGAAUAUGUCUCCUCGAACGCUCGCUUUCCGAGCCAGAUAGGAUUGUGGGCGAGCUCUUGCAGCCCGGGGGCGUCAUGGCUUUGCGGAAACUGGGGAUCGAGAAGUGUCUGGAAGGAAUUGACGCCAUACCCGUGAAAGGGUACUGUGUAGUGGAGGAAGGCAAGUCCGUGGAAAUACCCUAUCCGGGACGACAUGAAGGACGGAGCUUUCAUCAUGGGAGAUUCAUCAUGGCGUUACGCGCUGCAGCCAAGGAGGCGAAGGGGGUGGACGUUGUCGAAGCAACUGUGACGGAGCUCGUUGAGCAAAAUGGUCGGGUGGUUGGCGUGAAAGCCACAAAGCAGGGAGAGAAGGAAGAGUACAGAGCCGACCUCGUCGUCGUCGCUGACGGGUGUUUCUCCAACUUCCGCACGGCGGUUAUGGGUUCUUCCACUGGAAAGUCGAUAACAAGGAGCCAUUUCGUUGGUGCCAUACUAGAAGAUGCGUCGCUGCCCAUUCCCAACCACGGUACCGUCGCGCUGGUGAAAGGUUUCGGCCCCGUGUUGCUCUAUCAAAUUGGAGAACACGACACGCGGAUACUCAUUGAUGUAAAAGCGCCCCUGCCUCCCGAUAUCAAGUCUCACAUCCUCGACAACAUCGUACCCCAACUCCCUCCUAUCCUCCAACAACCUAUACGAACCGCUCUGGACAAAGACCGCUUACGACGCAUGCCCAACUCCUUCCUUCCUGCCGUGUCACAGGGCACCACUACGAAACCUGGUGUCUUCCUACUCGGAGACUCAUGGAACAUGCGGCACCCACUCACUGGGGGAGGUAUGACUGUAGCUCUGAACGACGUAGUCAUCCUGCGGUCACUACUGGCCAACGUCGACCUGCGACAAUGGUCGGAGGUACAAAAGGUGUUACAGACGUGGCACUGGAGUCGGAAACCGCUCGCAUCGACCGUGAACAUCCUCAGUGUGGCGCUGUACGACCUUUUUGGCGCGGACGACGAGGAGCUCAAGGUUCUUCGGACGGGGUGCUUCAAGUAUUUUGAACGUGGCGGGGAAUGUGUUAAUGGGCCUGUAUCGUUACUUUCUGGCAUCGCACCGUCACCCCUCCUCCUCGCAAGCCACUUUUUCGCAGUCGCGUUUUACUCUAUCUGGGUCAACCUGUAUACGCACGGCCUCUUCUGCAUCACUACCCAGCUCUCUUCUUUAAGGGUAUUCUUCUGGACAGCAUGCGUGGUUUUUGGUCCCCUUCUCUGGUCCGAAAUUAGGUGGUGGGGACCAGGGGACAGCAUAAAGUCGUCGUUGACGAUCGCGGGGUUGCCUGUCGUUCUUGGGCUGGUAGCGAUUGGGUGGAUGGUGUAUGGCGCUGUUGAGGCUCUAGGGUGA